AUGAAGGACAAGACGCUCAAGGUCACAAAUGUCCGACUGCUGCGGGGUGGCAAGCUGACCAACACAUUUCUAUGGGUUGAAAACGGGAAGGUCGCUGACCCGCAAGCACGAUACUGGCGAAGUCAAUCCGCCGCUGAGUAUGGUCCCGGUGAAGUUGUGGACGGGCGAGGACUCAUCCUUGCCCCUGGAUUCGUUGACAUCCAGCUCAAUGGUGCCUAUGGACACGAUUUCAGUGACGUAAGAUGCACGGAAAACGACGUGUUAGAGGUUCGACGACGGCUCGUUGCCACGGGGGUCACGUCGUUUUGCCCCACGGUGAUCUCUUCAACACCCGCAACGUAUGCCCGAGUGUUGCCAAAAUUCAAACGCACGACCGACGGCCACAUCGUGCAAGGCGCCAAUAUGGUGGGACUGCACUUGGAAGGUCCAUUCAUCAACCGUCAAAGAAAAGGUGCGCACAAGGAAGAAGUGCUGCUGGAUCCUGUGAACGGGAUGCCGUCGUUGGAAGCAGUGUAUGGUCCAUUGAGUCACGAUAACGUGGCGCUGGUAACGUUGGCCCCUGAGCUGAAGGGCGCACCAUUGGCAAUAUCCCAGUUGGUCGAGCGAGGAAUCGUCGCAUGCGCUGGUCAUUCGUCGGCAAACAUUCAAGAGGCCGUCACUGGUGUUGUUGCUGGGAUUUCGAUGCUCACACAUCUCUUCAAUGCGAUGGUGCCUUUCCAUCAUCGCGACCCUGGCCUUGUGGGGCUCCUAGGUGCCACCGAGUGUCCCCGCCCAUCGUACGGCCUAAUCCUCGACGGCAUCCAUGCGCAUGCUACUUCCUGUCGAAUUGCCCAAGCCAGUCACCCGGAUGGUCUCGUUCUCGUCACAGAUUGCAUGGCUGGUAUGGGCCUCCCCGAUGGGUCAUAUGUCCUUGCCGACCUCCCCGUCGACGUGCAAGGCGGCCGAGCGUACUUGCACAACACCCAGACAAUCGCAGGCAGCGUCGUGCAAAUGGACACGUGCUUGCGCACUCUGCGCCAGUACACCGGCUGCUCCGCCGAGUACGCAUUGCAGGCUGCGUCCACAAAUCCUGCUCGAGCGCUUGGACUGACCACUAAAGGGUCCUUGGAAUUUGGCGCAGACGCUGACUUUGUGCUUCUUACUGAAGACCUCCAUGUUGUCCAAACAUACAUCGCCGGGGCAUUAGUCUUCGACCGUCUAGGUGAACUACACCUCAACCCGCAUCAGCGAGAGCCUGAAACGACGCUGCCCUGGCGCCUCACUGUGUUCGAUCUAGACGAUGCCCGCGCGUUGGACAAAGCUGCAUCGGCAGGCAACCUCGCCUUGGUCAAGCAGUUGCAUGCCCAUACGAACAUGCGCUGUACCAAGGACGCAAUGGACGACGCUGCAUCAAAUGGUCAUUUGGACGUCGUUCGCUUCCUGCAUCACCAUCGAACGGAGGGAUGCACAACGCGAGCGAUGGACUAUGCAGCAGCCCAUGGCCACCUGGAUGUCCUUCAGUUCCUGCACGAAUAUCGGGUGGAAGGAUGCACCGCGUACGCACUGACGACGGCAGAGGCAAAAGGUCACUUGGCAAUAGUUCGAUACUUGCAGGAACACCAGCAUAGUGUCUGUGUGAGCGAAGUGCGGCAAACGGGAGAUCGAAUCUAG